AUGGAUCCUGUAAAGCCAGAGGAGAUAAGCCACCCACCAAUGGAUCAGCUUCAGGGCUUAGAGUACUGUAUUGACUCAAACCCUCCAUGGGGAGAAGCCAUAGCUUUAGGCUUUGAGCAUUACAUUCUUGCUUUAGGAACUGCAGUGAUGAUCCCUUCAUUUCUUGUUCCUAUGAUGGGUGGAGAUGAUGGUGAUAAAGUGAGAGUUGUUCAGACACUACUCUUCAUUCAAGGCGUCAACACUCUUCUUCAAACGUUAUUUGGAACUCGUCUCCCAACUGUGAUCGGAGGCUCUUACGCAUUCAUGGUUCCCAUCAUUUCAAUCAUCCGUGACUCUUCUUUAACCCGUAUUGAUGAUCCACACUUGAGAUUUCUAAGUACGAUGAGAGCUGUACAAGGCGCAAUCAUCGUUGCAUCCAGCGUUCAAAUCAUCCUCGGCUUCAGCCAGAUGUGGGCUAUCUGUUCAAGAUUCUUUAGUCCUGUUGGUAUGGUUCCUGUUAUUGCAUUAACUGGUUUUGGACUCUUCAACAGAGGAUUCCCAGUGGUGGGAAAUUGUGUUGAGAUAGGAAUCCCAAUGCUUAUCCUCUUUGUCAUCUUCUCUCAGUAUCUGAAGGGGAUUCAGUUCAGGCAAUUCCAAGUAGUGGAGAGAUUCGCUAUGCUUAUAGCGAUAGUCAUUGUGUGGGCUUACGCUCAUGUCUUGACAGCGAGUGGUGCUUACAAACACCGACCACAACAGACGCAAGUAAACUGUAGAACCGACAUGUCUAACCUCAUUUCAUCUGCUCCUUGGAUCAAGAUUCCUUAUCCACUUCAAUGGGGAGCUCCUAGCUUUGAUGCUGGUCAUGCUUUUGCAAUGAUGGCCGCUGUUCUGGUCUCACUCAUUGAGUCAACUGGAUCUUUCAAGGCUGCUGCAAGACUAGCGAGCGCCACGCCUCCUCCGCCUCAUGUUCUUAGCCGCGGAAUCGGCUGGCAAGGCAUUGGAAUCCUCUUAAACGGUUUAUUUGGAACCCUAAGCGGUUCAAGUGUCUCUGUAGAGAACAUUGGAUUACUAGGAAGCACCAGAGUGGGAAGCCGCAGAGUUAUUCAAAUCUCAGCAGGAUUCAUGAUAUUCUUCUCAAUGCUAGGCAAAUUUGGUGCAUUGUUUGCUUCAAUACCUUUCACUAUAUUUGCAGCCGUGUACUGCGUCUUGUUCGGUCUUGUUGCUUCUGUUGGGCUAUCAUUUCUGCAAUUCACAAACAUGAACUCCCUGAGAAAUCUCUUCAUCACGGGUGUGUCUCUCUUCUUAGGACUAUCGAUUCCAGAGUACUUCAGAGACUUCAGCAUCAAGGCAUUGCACGGUCCAGCUCACACCAAUGCUGGUUGGUUCAAUGAUUUCUUGAACACAAUCUUCUUGUCUUCACCGAUGGUUGCGCUGAUGGUCGCAGUGUUCUUGGACAAUACUUUGGAUUAUAAAGAUAGUGCCAAAGACAGAGGAUUGCCUUGGUGGGCUAAGUUUAGAACUUUCAAAGGAGAUAGCAGAAAUGAGGAAUUUUACACUCUCCCUUUUAACCUCAACCGUUUCUUCCCUCCUUCAUAA